AUGGAUGAUCGGAAUGUGUCAUCUGUGUCUCCACACUUCCUCGUCCUCCUCCUACCCCCUGAAACAAACAAAAAUAUUGAUAAGCAAAAUCAGAAGCCAAAUCAAGAACAGAGGGGGGAGAGAGAGAAUCCCUUCCCCGUGAGAAAUGCUUGGAGGCAUCCAAAGAAGGCACAUAAAACUCAACUUGAAGAUCGUGGGAUCUUAUCUGCAAUCAGUGUCUAUGGUGGUAUCCAAGAGGGGUUGGACCACUUGAUAUCAUAA